GCUGCACCAACAACUACAGCUGCAAUAACUACAACUACUGAUGCACCAACCACAACUACUGCUGCACCAACUACAACUACGGCUGCAACAACCACUACAGCUGCACUAACUACAACUACUGAUGCACCAACCACAACUACUGCUGCACCAACUACAACUACUGCUGCACAAACAACUACAGCUGCACUAACUACAACUGCUGCACCAACAACUACAGCUGCACUAACUACAACUACUGAUGCACCAACCACAACUACUGCUGCACCAACUACAACUACGGCUGCAACAACCACUACAGCUGCACUAACUACAACUACCGAUGCACCAACCACAACUACUGCUGCACCAACAACUACAGUUGCACCAACUACAACUACUGCUGCACCAACAACUACAGCUGCACAAACUACAACUACUGCCUCACCAAAUACAACUACUGCCACACCAACAACUACAGCUGCACCAACUACAACUACUGCUGCACCAACAACAAUUACUGCUGCACCAACUACAACUACAGCUUCAACAACAACAACUACUGCUGCACCAACUACAACUACUACUGCUGCACCAACUACAACUACUGCUGCACCAACAACUACAGCUGCACCAACUACAACUACUGCUGCACCAACCACAACUACUGAUGCACCAACUACAACUACUGCUGCACAAACAACUACAGCUGCACUGACUACAACUACUACUGCACCAACUACAACUACUGCUGCACCAACAACUACAGCUGCACCAACUACAACUACUGCUGCACCAACUACAACUACUGCUGCACCAACAACAAUUACAGCUGCACCAACUACAACUACUGCUGCACCAACCACAAUUACAGCUGCACCAACUACAACUACUGCUGCACCAACCACAACUACUGAUGCACAAACAACUACAGCUGCACUGACUACAACUACAGCUGCACCAACUACAACUACUGCUGCACCAACAACUACUGCUGCACCAACAACUACAGCCACACUAACUACAACUACUGCUGCACCAACUACAACUGCUACACCAACAACUACAGCUGCACUAACUACAACAGCUGCCACACCAACAACUACAGCUUGUUUCACCAACUACAACGACUGCUGCACCAACCACAACUACUGCUGCACCAACUACAGCUACCGCUGCACCAACUAG